GAAUUAUCUAUUCCUUCAGUUCCAGGCCAAGCAAAAAAUGCAGCAGAAACUCUCUGUCUUUUUUUUAAAAACGUUGCAACAGCAAACUGUGACCAAACAAGUGCAGAGAAAGUGCAUCAUGCCCAUAACCUUGCCGUGCCGGAGGCAGCGAUGGAACGGUUCGGAGUGAAAUCCGCCCCGUCCCGUAACCGCUCCAAGACGGCCCUGUACGUGACCCCCCAGGACCGCGUGACCGAGUUCGGGAACGAGCUCCACGAGGACGGGGGGAAGCUCUUCUGCACCUCCUGCAACGUGGUCCUGAACCACGUCCGAAAAUCCGCCAUCAACGACCACCUCAAGUCCAAAACGCACACCAAGAGGAAGGCGGAGUUCGAGGAGCAGAACGUGCGGAAGAAGCAGAGGACUCUCACCGCCUCCCUGCAGUGCAACAGCGCUGCCCAGACAGAGAAAUCCAGCGUCAUCCAGGACUUUGUGAAGAUGUGCCUGGAGGCCAACAUCCCCCUGGAGAAGGCCGACCAUCCCUCCGUGAGAGCCUUCCUGUCCCGCCACGUCAAGAACGGCAGCUCCAUACCCAAGUCGGAGCAGCUCCGGAAGGCUUAUCUGCCCGACGGGUAUGAUGAGAACCAGCUCAUCAACACCGAGGAUCGCUGAGGGGGAAAACUGUUGGCGUCAGUGUCGUGAAGUUUUACAUAUUGAUGGUGUGGUUUAUUUUUAUAUUCAUGCAUAUAUAUAUACAGUGUUACAUAUUG